UGUGUUUCUAAGGCUACGAAAUAAGAGUCCUGUGAGGUGUUGAAGAGUUUUUCACGAACUCAACAAGUAAAACUUCUAAAUUGGACUUUGGCUUUGCGGUAAAUGGUUUAACUUCAAAUAAAACAUUAUAUUAUGAAGUGAAAAUGUCUAAACAUUUGUAUGGACGUUACUUUAUUCAGUUAUUUUAUUUAAACUAAGUUAUAAAUAAAGAAUCAAUGGCCACGGUAGAAUUGUGCGUUGCAGCUUACUCACUACCACUACAUUACGUUAAUCAGAGCGAUCCAAUCUGAAGUCUGAAGUGAGUUUGUGAGUAGUGUAGAAAUGGGCUGUGGCCUGUCAAACAGAGUCAAAAUGAAUUAUAUUUAAAGCAGCCUAAGAAUUAAAAUAAGUUAAUAGUUUUGCCUAUAAUAGCCUAUUACUAUUACUGGAGUGGGAAUGAUCUAGUCACUAAAUUAAAUGAUAAAUGCAACACAAAUUCUGCAAAAUAAUAACAUUCCCUCAUUAGCUGACACUGACAUGUCACAUUGAAUUUAAAUGCAAAAAUGCUAAUGAAUUGUUUACAUUUAAAUUAUGUUUUUAACUAAAUGAUUUAAACUCAAAUCAUUGAAUGAUUGAUUGAGCUCCAUGCCUAAUGCCAUAACAAUGAAAAGAUUUAAAAGACACCUCACUGCAUGGCAUUAAUAACUUCAUACUAUCAUGUCCUCACUGUUUUGAUUUUCGGAAUUCUGGGUAAGCUGAGUUACUUACUGAAAACUUUUUGCUCUAAAAAAAGCUCAGAUUCAUCAAGUAAAUAAUAUUAUAUUACUAAACUUUCAUAUAGAAACAGGGUAAAUUUUAAGGAUGACUAUCACUAUUUUAUCGAAUUUCACGAAUGUAUCCCUAAAUCGAUCCCUAUGCCUAACCUGGACCCUAAAUCGAUCCCUAUGCCUAACCUGAACCCUAAAUAGAUCCCUAUGCCGCAUGCCUAACCUGAACCCUAAAUCGAUCCCUCAACCUAACCUAAACCCUAAUUCACUGCAACUAUAAUAAACACCCAAAAGACGCUGUGGCAGCCGUCAUUAAUAUUAGCCAGAAACAGAUAUGUCAGAUUGGCUACUGUCAAUAUUCAAUAUUAAAUUAAAAUUAAACUUCACCAAAGGGUGUUUAUUACUUUAUUUAAAUUUAUAAUAAGUUGUAGGGUAUCAUAUUACAUUUUUAUACAUUUGUUUGGUAUUAGAGUCAAGUGGUGCAAUGUCAGUUUCUGGAGGCUCAAGUGCAAGUGGAUCUCGGCGUGGGAAAACCCGCCAAUAUCGAACUGUUAGCAAUCAGUCUCAGAUUGAUGAAUGUUUAUUUGGACAGCCACAGUCACAACAGGCAAGACAUGCAAUGCUAAAAGAAAAAUAUCAGGAUCCACAGGUUUGUAUGAGUAAAUAAAUUCCAUUUUUAGUAAAUGAUAGGCCUCAAGAAAUUGAUGUCAUUAAAAUCAGAUGAGUCUUUGUUGACCCUUUUCAUACUCCUGUAGUGAAACAGUCACUGAUACAUGAUAGCGCAAUCUUUCCAAUUAUCUUUAAUUUUACACCAUAAAUAUUUCAUAUUUUAGUCACUAUGCGUCACCAAAAAAAGCGUGGGCGUUUUACAUUAUUUACUCAGAAAAUUUAAAAAUAAAUGAAAUAAUUUUAUAUGUGAACAUUGUAGGUAACUGCUUUUUAUUUGUUUUGUAAAAUAAAAUCAAGUUCCAAGUGCAAGGAAUAGCUUACAUCAAAUAUCGGCAACCUCUUACUGAUAACUACAAUGUCAGUUGAAUUUAUUAAAUUCUUUCAUAUUCAAAUACAGCAAUUAUUUCCUUUUACCCCAAUAUUCCAGGAAAUGCCUUCUUACACUGAAGGAGUGGCCAUUGAGCGUUUGGCGCAUGAGAGAAGUAACAGACGAAAGAACGGUCAAACAAAACAACAAAAGGAGCUUGUCACAGUAAUUACCAAAGACCUCAUUCGAAAACUUAUGUAAGCUGACUUCAUUUUAAAAAAACUAGCACCUCCUUUUUGAUGGUUGGACAUCUCUAAAAACAUUCACUUUGAUAAUAUUUUUGCAUUACCAUUUUAUUGUGUGGAUUUGUAAAUGAGAAGUUGCAGGUUCAACUCAUGACCAAGUUACCAUCACCUGGACACUUAGCUAUUGGUAAAUAGUUUGGGCAGGGAUCUUUGCAACCAAUAAUUGGAUGGUUAGUUGAAAGGCUUAUCAUCUACCCUGGGCUAAGGGAAGUUUAUAAAUAUUUAUCAACUUCGCACUAAAUGUACUAUAAUUACCAUACUUUCUACAUCAAGACAGGGGUUCUUAACUGGAGGGUUGUGCUUUAUUUUUAAAAAAUGUAUACCCAUAGGGAACAGCUGAAAUAUGUAUACAUUUUUUUAUUUAUAAAAUUAAAAGUAGAAUUUAAAAUGCUUUUAAAAAAGGUUUCAGGAAAAAAAAGUUAAGAGCCAUUGGUCUAGGCACAACAUUUAUUUUGAAUGCCGAUUCUUGUAUGUAAUGUGUACCUUGCAGUAGUGGCUAGCACAGUUGAUAAGUUAUAAAUAUGUUUGAAUGUAUUUAGCUAAACAAGAGUUAUUGCAACAUCAAAUCUUAAAUAUGGUGGUGGCUCAAAUCCUCUUGUGUAGAUCUGCUCUCGGUGUUAUAGUUGAAUGAUCACAAUGGAGUUUUCCAUAAGCCAAAUGCUUAAAUUUUAUAUUUAUUUAUGAUUCAUAUGUUUAAACCCUCUUUUAAAGUGUAGCUCAGUGUUCCUAAAAAUUUUAAUGCAUUUUUUUAAUUCGCUAAGUUGACAUUAAAAAAAAAAACUUGUAAGCUCACCAUUUUUAUAUUUUAAAAAAAAUUCCACAAAAAAUGUUGCAGCUUACUUAAAAGUUAAAAGCUAAUCUCUAAUCUUACAAAUGAAGUUUUAGUAUUAGUUUAUGAAAUACAGUUCUUAUCACAUGUUGUAGUCCAAAUAAUCUCUUUUCCUUAAAUUAAAUAUUCCAUAAAUACUUAUAUAGUUUAAUUUUAAUUCAGCUCCUAUGUCUUGCAAUAGGACAACGGCACAUUCAUUUCAUUUUAUCUCACUAUUUGUUAGUGUGCCCUCUGAAGAUCCAUCGGGAGAAUCUACUGUUAUACCAAGAGACCAGUUCUUUCGUAUUCUUCAAGCAUCCAGAGUUCUCUCAAAGGAGGAGCGGGAAGAGGAAGCUGAAAGAGUGAAGAGGGAAAAAGAGCAGGCCAUGGUAUGCAGGAAAAGAGUUUCUGUUCUUGCUCAACAUAAAAUUGUUGUUACAUGACUUAACCUGUGACUGUGAAUGAUAAUUAUAAAGUGUAUUUGGGAAGAAAUACAUACAAAAAAACAGUUAUUUUAUGAUUUUACACUAGUAUUUUGUACCUGAAUUUUGUAUAGAAUUUAUAUCAUUAAAAUAAAAUAAAUGCCAUGAAAUAAUUCUACAAUGUGUAUUUCAUUUUCAUGGAACUGACAUUCAAAAAUUAUUGUUAAAUCUGUUCCUGUCUUUUUACAUGACAUUAUCUUUCAGUUAUUAGUUUUGAUGAACCAAUGUCAAUUUUUAAUUUGGAAACAUAAUUUAUUUUUAAUAUUAUUUAUUUAAUUUUAUUACAAUUCCAUUCAUAUUAAUUUGAAGAGUACCUUAAUUUUUAUUUAAGUUCAAUGAAGUCUAUAAACAACAUAAUUACAAUAAUUUUUACAAAACACAUAAUUACAAUAAUUUUUACCAAAACUGCUUAUUUGUUGUUUAAACACAUAUCAGGAUGAGGCCCAAGAAAGAAAAAACCGUAUGAAACAGCUUGACCUCGCUCGACAGAAGAAUGCCAAACUGAAUGACUUAGAAGAGGAAGCCAAAGAAAAAGCUGAGCACUUGUUAGCAAAAGCCAAUGAAAUGAGACAGGAACAGGAGGAUGAGAUAAAACAUUUAAAUGAGGUUUGUUUGAUGUGGACUGGAUUCUUUUUUAGCUUUCUUUAACUAUGAGAAUAACUUCUAUGUUAUAAAUGACUACUUCACUGCUCUAACUUUUUUUUAAAAAGUCAUUAAACAGCCUCGCUUACUUAUCAUUGCACAGGUCAUCUUGAAUGCCAAGUGUCAUGCAAUCAGGGAUGCUCAAAUUCUUGAGAAAGAUCUCAUUAAGAAAGAGAUGGUUGAAGAAGAAAAGCGCCUGGAUGUUAUGAUGGAGGUAUUAUAUUUUAUAUUUCGUUAAAUAUAUCAGUAUCUCAUGUUUAUUGUGGAACAUUUCUCAGUAGAGCUGAGUAAGUCAAAAUAAUAACCAUAAUUGAAAAAAUGCUUGAACGUGCACUUCAAAAGCAAUAAGAUACACUAUCUGGUUUCAAUUAUGGAGGCUGAUAGUGUCAACAAACAAUGGACAAGUAUUUAUUUGUAUCAUCAUUCUUAAAUUAAUUUGUUUAACUUGAAUAAAUCUGAUUGCAUUCAGAUUCUGCCUGAGAGAAUUUCUCAGCAUCUGAUUAUGAUGGAAAUAUAGAGCAUGGCAUUUGUAAGAAUAACAAGAGGUUUACUAUUGGGUUACAAGCAGAAAGUGCAUGAAUGUUCUUUGGAGAGGCAAUGAUCUUGAGUUUAAAGAUGAUAUUCUUUAAUCAUCUCCUGUUAACCGCCAGAUCUGCUAACAGUGAGAAAUAUUGUGUUGUGAUAAUCUAUUGCAAGGUUGACAGACAAAAUGCCAUCAAGAUUUAUGAAGAGAUUGAGCAAAGGAGAAAAGAAGAGCAACUUCUCGGAGCAGCAAAACUGUUGGAGCAAAUUGACGAAAAUGAAAAAGAGAAAAUCUUUGAACUUGAACGCAAGGACCAAGAAAAUCUUCAGAUGCAGAGGUGAGUAGUUUAUGUGUAUCUUGAAAAGUCUGGACACUUCUUUAUAGCUUUUCAGUUUUUGUUUUCAUUGAAUGAAUAGUAGGCCUACAUUCUAAGAUGUUUAACAAGAUUCAUCUGAGUAAAUUUACAUCUUAAAAUUCAAGUUUUUAAGGCCUUUUUUUUUUUCAAAAGAAUUUUAAUAUUUUUAAAGGCAAAAUAAAAUUUUACCCAGCCAUACAAAGAUCAGCAUAUUUUGUGGAAGCAAAAUUUUUAAUAGCAGGAUGGAAUUUUAAUUUUGUUUGUUAAAUCAUCAAAAUAACACAGAAAAAUUAACGUUUUCAAUAGGUACAUAGAGAAACUGAUGGAGGAAGACCAGGAGGUCAUUGACAGGAAGAAAGCUGAGCAGAUUUCACUGAGGGUAAGUGACAAAGACAUUUAUGUUGCAAUGUAACUUCAAUAAACUCUAAGUAAAGUUAAAUAAAUCCACAUGUAAACGAAUAGCCUGUAAAUAUAGUUCAAUAAAAUAAAUUAGAGUAUGUGUCAUACAAAUUAAUGUUGCUAUAUGACAUUUAUAACCCGUAAGUAGAGAUGAGUGUAGGCCUAAAUAAUAAUGGUUUCAAAUCACGGAAUUAGAAAGAUCAACUUAAUUACACUCUGACUUUUUAUUUACUUGCUGUAUCUAAAAUAAAAAUUAAAAAAUCUUUUGCUCUAGUAGUUAUCUAUCAUGUCAUAUUGGGCAGCCCUCUUGACUUUGUCUUUGAAUGUACGCUUGAUUUAAUUUUAUGGCAUGUGUAGGAGGAGCUCAACAAGGCUAAUGAAGAGAUUCUCAAACGUAAGGAGAUAAAGGUCCUACAAGAAAAGGCAGAGGAGCUCAAAGUCAUAGAAUUUCAGAAACAGAAAGCUGUAAGUUGGAGUUCUUAUUAAAAGUUUUAUUUGGAAAAAAGAAAAAAUGUCAACAGAGCUAAAUAAAUUUUACAUAUUAGGACAUUGAGAGAAGUAAUUUAACAGUGUAGAACAUUGAGAGAGAGAGCUAAUUUAACAAUGUAGGGCAUCAGUAUAUUGGUUUAAUACAUUAGGUUUUCUUAUAGCUGUCACUAUCACAGUUCAACAAUAACACUGUUAUUUCUAACAACAACACCAAAUAUAUGCAUACAGUUGAUUUACUUGAGAUACCAGCUAAAACAUGCAACAUUUGUUGCCAAUGAUGAAAAGCUUUUUGAAUUUUUUCCAAAAUCAAAUAAUUAUAACUAAUAGAGACACAACGUGUACAGUUAAAAGCAUAAAGAGAGCUAAACUAGAUACUCAAUACAUUUAAAUGAAGGAAAGGGAAGCUGCAUUUGAGAAAGAACAAGAAAAGAUUAGAAUUGAGAAGGAGAAGGAGGUGUCCAAGUUGCGAAGUCUGCAGGAGAGAGCCAGGGACGAGCAAGCGGAGAGGGAUGCACUGAGGGCCAAACGUGCCCAGGAGCAGACAGAGAGAGACUGGCGUAGAAAAGAGGCUGAGGAAAUGAGAAAGAAGGCUGAACUAGAGGAAAGCCUUAAGCAUGCAAGGUCUGUCCAGAUGCGACAGAAGGAGCAUUACCUGGCUGUACAGGCACAGAGGGAAAGGGCUGAGUUUGAGAGAGUGCUUUGGUGAGUUUGAAAUUGUUUACACAAAAAAUCUGUCCUCCAUUUAAAAUUUUGAAUAUAAAGUCUGCAACUGUCUGAAAAGUUAAGUUCUUAAAAGAAUUAAAGACAACCUUAACAGUCUGAAAUAAAAGCAUGCAAACUCAGAGUGCAAGAUAAGUUAUUAUUUUUUUUAUCUACAAUGUGACACCUUAAAUAAUUUUUUCAAAGCCUGUAAAUUUGUUUAUUUUUUGGUCCUAUUUCAAAUAAAUCUGUUUUUGCUGAUAAAAUUAGUUGUUCUAAUAUCUAUUUCACUACAGCACAUUCAAUCGAUUUAACCAUUUUCAAAAGGAAUAAUAUACAAAUAAUUGCAACACAUUACAUUUGUAUGUUUUUACAUUAACAGACCAUAGCCAAGACUUUCAACUGCUUUGUUUUGUAGUUGAUAAAGCUUCAUCCCACUUCAAAAUUCUUUUAACCUCUCAGAAAUCUCAGACUUCAUCUAUAUUAAAGAAAACAAAUCAAAUAUUUUCCUUAUGAUAAUUUUUAUGCCAUAAUCUUUCAUCAGCGCCCAGAAAGAACUCAUAGAAAAACAGAAAAGGGAAGAGGAAUUUGUCCACAAAAAGAAACUGGUGCACGCAGAUGACGUUCGGGCUCAGAUUAGAGAAAAAGAGAAACAGCGUAUUUCUGAAAGGAAUGCAUUUUUCGAAGAAGGUGUUAAACUGGAUGAGGAGGCCAGGGCGAGGCGGAUGAAACUGGAGGCAGUCAAGAAGAAGAAAUUGAAUGAGCUGAGGUAGGAAUUGUGUUGUUGUAUUUCAGAGCUUUGGGGUCUUUUAACAUCUAAACAUGUGCUUUAGCUGUAACUUAAUUAAUGCCAUUGUACAAUACAUCUUUGAAUUCCGCAUCAUACAACUUGACGCAUUAUCUUGAAUUUGUACUGUUUGUACAAGGAAAGUAAAGGUAAACAUGAUUGUGUACACAUAAAAAUUCAGGUUAUUUGUUAGUGAUAGAGACUAUAAAUACCUUCAUUGAUGAUACUGUUGUGUAUGGCGUAUGUGAACUAACUUCAACAGGGAUAUGGGCAUACCAGAAAAGUAUCUGUCCUUGGUUGAUCAGAAAGUAAAAUUUGAAGCUCCAAAAGAAACAACAUAGGGUAUCAGUUAAUUGGAUUCAUUUGAUAAUUAUUUUGUUAAUUUCUGACAUUUGUUGUUGAAAUUUUAUUCUAUUGUCAGGUGGAGUUUUGUUGGUUUUUUUUCCGUUCAAUUUUUUGUUUUUUAUGUAAGUUAUGAAAAUAUGUAUUCCAUUGUUAGAUUUGUCUAAUUUUUGCCCAAGUUGGCCCAGAAAUUAUCAGUCCAAUUAGCUGCCUAAGAAAGCAAGAAGAAAGUGUCUUUGCUACAAACCAUAUGUUCCUUUUACAUCUUAGUUCAAAUAAAAUCUGCACGACAGAUUAAAUUCAUCUUCUCUUAAAAGCUAAUUUGUGAACUCUCAUGAACAAAGCUCAUGAUUCCUAAAGAUAAAACAGUGAUGCCUCACUUCCUAUAUCCAUGGAAUGAAUCAGCCUCUAUUCAUACAUCGAUGGAAUGAAUCAGCCUCACUUCAUAUAUCCAUGGAAUGAAUCAAUAAGAAUAUCUUGUUCCCUGAAAAUUAAUAACACCAUAAUUAAUGUGUACUUCUUUUUUUAAUUCACAGAGAGGCUGGUAUUCCUGACAAAUACCUGGCAGAAGUUGAAAGGAAGGUCAAUCAUCCCCAAAAGAUCAUGGUCUAGAAGGGGAAUCUUCAUCUAGAAUGUUUAUCUUGUAUUUAUUAUGAUAUUGUUUUGUUUUUUUACACUUCCAACUAUUACCUUAAAAUUGUGUGAAAUGUUUACAUUGAUCUGAUGAUUUAGAAAAUGUUUGCGCUGAGUUUCAGAAUUUACAAGAGAAGUGAUGGUAUAAUUUUGUCUACAGCGACAAAUUAUACUCUAUGUUUAUUUUGGAGAUUAUAAUAAAUUAUUAUACAAUGACAUGUCGCACUAUAAAACAGGUCAUGAGAUGUUUUAUAACUUACAGCUAUAAAUUAUUAUUCAAAAUUUUUAUGAAAAUUAAGUUCAUUUUGAAGUUAACUAUGGAUUCGCAUAUACUGUUUCAAAGAAUUUGGUAAAAUUUGUUGCACUAAUCAAUUGGUGUAGCAAAUAACAACUAUCCUUGUUAUGUAAAAUUUUUACAAAAGUGUGUGAUUGUAAAUUAGAGUGAAUAUGGGCUCUAUAAUAAUGUAAUGGGAAUAAAUGUUUGUUGUGCAUGUGAGAUGACAGGGAAAUAAAACUGUGAUUUAUUGAAUGUUCAUGAGAUUGGAAAGAAAGGAAUAAAAGGUAAAUAAAGAAUUUAUAAAUCAACAUACUUUAAUAGGCUAUUAAUGAAUUGAAAUGAAAAUCCAUUAAAUUCAAAAAAUUUUAUUUUUAGGUAAAAAAAUUAAGCAAUGUCAGUAUUAGAAAUCAUUUACUCUCAUUUAAGGAUUUCAUUCUCAAUGCUGCCUACAUAAUUAUUACAUUUUUAAACCCUUUUUUUUUUAGGGGCUCAUAUAGAAAACAAAUAAUUUGAAGUCAAGGCUAAAGAGUUUUAUUGCAGGAUGUAUUAUAUAUAUUUUCAAAAAAGUUUUAAUUUAGCUGUUAGCUUAAAGUUUUGUUUGUAGGAAAUGUUUUAUUAUGCAACUGUGAUAUAUUAAUACAAUAUUUUGUUCCUAUAAAACUGUCAAUAUCACUGCAUGUACAAUUUUAAGGCAAAAAAAAAUGUAAAAAUUAAUAACUGACUGA